AUGCCUGCUGGAUCAGUUCUUGUCACCGGUGGAACGGGCUACAUUGGCUCUUUCACCACCCUCGCUCUCCUCGAGGCUGGCUACAAGGUUGUCGUCGCUGACAACCUCUACAACUCCUCUGCUGAGGCUCUCAAGCGCAUUGAGUUGAUCAGCGGCAAGAAGGCCGAGUUCGCUCAGCUCGAUGUCACCGACGAGGCUGGCUUUGACCGUGUCUUCGAGGCUCACCCCGACAUUGACAGCGUUAUCCACUUUGCUGCUCUGAAGGCCGUCGGUGAGUCCGGUGAGAAGCCUCUGGACUACUACCACGUCAACGUCUACGGCACCAUCUGCCUCCUGCGCUCCAUGGUCCGCCACAAUGUCACCAACAUCGUCUUCUCCAGCUCCGCCACCGUCUACGGUGAUGCCACUCGCUUCCCCAACAUGAUCCCCAUCCCUGAGGAGUGCCCUCUGGGUCCCACCAACCCCUACGGCAACACCAAGUUCGCCGUCGAGACUGCCAUCACCGAUGUCAUCAACGCUCAGCGCAACAACGCCAUCAAGGCCGGCAACGAGGCCGAGGCCCAGAAGUGGAACGGUGCCCUGCUCCGCUACUUCAACCCCGCCGGUGCUCACCCCUCUGGUAUCAUGGGUGAGGACCCCCAGGGUGUCCCCUACAACCUGCUUCCCCUCCUUGCCCAGGUGGCCACCGGCAAGCGCGAGAAGCUGCUCGUCUUCGGAGAUGACUACGCCUCCCACGACGGAACCGCCAUCCGCGACUACAUCCACAUCCUCGACCUGGCGGAUGGUCACUUGAAGGCCCUGAACUACCUCCGCGCCAACAACCCCGGAGUCCGUGCCUGGAACUUGGGUACCGGCAAGGGCAGCACUGUCUACGAGAUGAUCCGUGCCUUCUCGGCGGCCGUGGGCCGUGACCUCCCCUACGAGGUUGCUCCCCGCCGUGCUGGUGACGUCCUCAACCUGACCUCCAACCCCACGCGCGCCAACAACGAGCUGGGCUGGAAGGCCGAGCGCACCCUCGAGCAGGCCUGUGAGGACCUCUGGCUGUGGACCCGCAACAACCCCCAGGGUUACCGCCAACAGCCCCCGGCCGAGCUGCUGGAGAAGCUGCAGAAAUAA